GCAGUGAGACAGCUGUUAUCGGUUGCUACCAGUCAGAGAACAGAGCACAUACGUCUGUGUAAAUGUGAACACCAUUAGGUACAGGAAGCAGCAAGACACCAUUCACUAGUCGUAUUAAAUAAGACAGAGUGAGGUUCUAAGGAAGUGUGCACAUCUGUGUUUGAGGCAGAUGAGAGAAGCUGGAAGUUUUACUCUGCCCUUUAUUCUGUUGUGGAAAGAUUUUCCCAUGUAGGGCCAUUGGGAUUCUAUCCGAUAACAGCGGACAGUAAAGAUGACAUUAACGGUUACAAUCUUUUCAUUACUCUACAUUACAGCAAGGUCACUGAUGAUUCCAGCCAGUCCAGUGCACUGUAAGCUGGGUUACUUCCCCUGCGGUAACAGUUCGCAUUGUCUGCCACAGCUGCUACAUUGCAAUGGGGUUCCAGACUGUGAAAAUGGAGCAGAUGAAGAGGACUGUGGUGAUAACAUUGGCUGGGCACAGCUUCUCACUCCACACCAGAAAAAUUCCUUUGAGGAAGAAGAACCAACAGGGUGUUUAUUAGAAAUAUUUCCUGAGAUCUGCAAGUGCAAAAACAAGAUAGUAGACUGCACUGAGAAAGGUCUGACAUCCAUUCCUGACAGGAUAUCAUUAAAUGUGACUGAACUAGAUCUGAAAAAUAAUAAAUUCAGUGUCCUUCCUGAUUACCACUUUAGUCAGUAUGUGAACCUUGAAAAACUUUACUUACAGAACAAUGAAAUCCAUUCCAUAUCACACAUGGCUUUUGCUGGGCUAUUAAAGCUGAAAGUACUAUACCUGAGUCAUAACAACAUUACUAAACUGAAGCCAGAUGUUUUUAAAGACCUUCGUGAACUUCAAUGGUUAAUCAUGGAUAACAAUAACAUAUCCAAACUGGUAAUGAAGCCAUUUGAGGGACUAAAAUCUCUGUAUUUUCUGUCACUGCUUAACAAUUCUAUACAGCAAAUCCCAAGAAAGUAUAUCUGUGCUGAUCUGCCAAAUCUGAACUGGCUUGAUCUGGAAGGGAAUAAAAUCCACACUAUAAAGCACAGUAUCUUCUACCAGUGCAGCAAUAUUACUGUCCUGGUUCUGAGAAGAAACAAAAUAAAGACAGUAGAAAACAGCACAUUCUCACAAAUGGUCAAAUUAGUGGAACUAGACCUGUCAUAUAAUCUGAUUGAAGAACUACCGCCAUCUUUAUUCAGAAAUCUGCAACGUUUACAGCAGUUAAACGUUUCUGAGAAUCCACUGAAGAAAAUCUAUGUGAACCAGUUUGAAGGCCUAGUCAGCUUACAGUCACUGAGUAUUGAAGGUGUGGAGAUCUGUAACAUCAGCACCCAGAUGUUUGAACCACUGAAGAAUCUUUCGCACAUAUAUUUUAAAACAUUUCAGUACUGUGGCUUCUCCCCACGUGUCCGGAGCUGCAAGCCAAAUUCAGAUGGAAUCUCAUCCUUUGAGAACCUCUUGGCUAACAUCAUCCUACGUGUGUUUGUCUGGGUUAUAGCAUGCGUUACCUGCUUUGGAAAUAUUUUUGUCAUUUGUCUAAGGUUUUGUAUCAUUCCAGAAAACAGGCAGCAUACAAUGUCCAUCAGGUCCCUCUGCUGUGCAGACUUCUUGAUGGGAGUCUAUCUCUUCUGCAUCGGCACUUUUGAUCUCAAGUACUAUGGAGAGUAUAACAGGCAUGCCAAGGACUGGAUGGACAGCAAUGCAUGUCAGCUGAUUGGUUUCCUGGCUAUGCUGUCGUCUGAGGUAUCUGUCAUGCUGCUGACCUAUAUGACACUGGAGAAGUUCUUCUGCAUUGUUUUUCCUUUCAGGAACUGCAGCGUUGGCAAGAAGCAGACACUUUUCACUCUUGCAGUCAUCUGGGUGCUGGGCUUCAUAAUCGCUGUCAUCCCAUUCUGGCAUGAAAAGGCAUUUGGGAAUUAUUAUGGAACAAAUGGAGUGUGCUUUCCACUGAAUUCCAAUCAGCUUGAGAAACGUUGUGCUAGGGAGUAUACAGCUGGUAUUUUUCUUGGUUUGAACUUGUGUGCCUUUAUCAGUAUAGUCAUUUUGUAUACCAGCAUGUUCUACUCCAUCCUCAAAACAGGAGCAAAGUCUGCAGAGAGAAGUGGGUUUUCCAGAGAAGUAUCGAUAGCCAAGCGGUUCUUCUUCAUUGUUUUCACGGAUGCUCUUUGCUGGAUCCCUAUCUUCCUCCUGCAAGCCUGUUCCCUUCUGAAUAAAGACAUUCCAGGCACAAUCAUUUCCUGGGUCGUAAUUUUCAUCUUGCCAAUUAACAGUGCUUUGAAUCCAAUACUCUAUACGAUGACUACAACUUCUUUCCGGGAGCACUUCAAACAGUGCCUGGAGAAGAAGAACUUGUCAGGGAUCAUGGAGCCCAGGAAAAGUUUCAUGUCAAGUUCAUUACAUGACAAUCACCACCUAAGUCAGCCUGCCUCCUAAAACUAAUGGUAUCCCCCAAUCAGACAGUCUGAUUGUCUGACAGCUCAUCUCCUAGAAGGACAAUUAUGUUAAUGGCCAGUUCUGCAGCCACCUCACUUCUAAGACUUUAUUCCAUAGUGCUCUGAUAACUUCCAAGACUUGAUUCCAUUGUGCUCUGAUGCCACAAGUUUUUGUCCUGUCUUUCAUCUUAUGUUUCUUCUGUAAACCAACUUAGCAAUGGGGAUGUCCAACAGUAUCAUUACUUACUUGCUCCGGGUGUUCAGAAAUCUACAAGUGUAAAAGUGCUACUGUAAAUAUGUGUAAUAAGUUAACUUCUGCCAUUGACUUCCAUGAAACUUGUUCACCAUUUUUUUUAUAUGAACAGCCAGACAAAUAUUUAUGAAGUUCUUGUCUCCUCUGUACAAACUUAAAAAAAAACUAAUCAAAGUUUUGCUUAGUAAGAAAUUAUUCACUGGAAAAAUUAUAAUCUGUUAUUUGUAUAAAAUUGGAGUAUUUGUAAUUUGAUUUCCCCAUAACUGUAUUUUUAUUGCAACAAAAGUGCUCCUGAAUUAGUAUAUGUUAUUACUGUGCCAAACUGCAUAACCCUUGUAACAGUAAAAGAAUGACUCGUGCAUGCUUUGGGCUGGUAACCCAAUCUAAGAAGCAUGGUUAUCAGUUGAGUGAGGGAUAGUUAGGGAACCAGUCCCACCAUUGCCUUCACUCGUACAGUGGUUUAAUCCUUUAGAGGCAGAGUGUGGGGCUAGAUAACUGCUACAGAGCUGUACAUAUACAUGUUGCAUUUUUGUUCAUUUUCACCCCUCAUUUUAAUAAAAUAUUCGAAAAUCUAGCACAGGUGCACAGGAAAAGACAGUUGGACUAAAAACCUGUUUCUUCCUCCAGUGCUGUGGAAAUGUGGAUUUGUAACACAAGCAUGUAGAAACAUUAGAACUAUGUACCUACAAAGGGAAAAACACCACAAGAAAAAACAUUCUAAUGUGAAAACCUGACGAUAAAAAUAAAAGUUAUCUGCAAGAGGUCACCAAGGUUUGUUUAUACAUUAGGUAGAGACUUCAGCAAUUUGAUAUUAACCAGAAUGUUGAAUCAUGAAGGUAAAUGUUAGAAGCACCGUGUACAUUUUUAAAUUCAAUCUUCUACUAGAAGCAUUCAAUACAUAUUAAUAUAGACGUCUAACUAUUUACAUGUAUGCUCUUUGAUAUGUCAGCAUUAGACUACUUCAAAAUAAUGUGCCUAUUAGAACGAAAACAUGAUGAGGGUGGUAAAAGAAAAACAGUGACCCAUAUAAUAAAAGGCAGAGCUUUUCAAUAGCCAAAGUGUAACCAUAGCCUGUACAACAUGUAGGCAUUUUUAAUACAUACAUGCAUACAUUUUUAACUAUAUGUAGUAGCAAAAAUUUAUCCUUGACCCACUUUUUAUUUUCUAAGUGCUAAUUGCAAGGAAGAACUGUUGACUGCAACCAAUGACUCUGUAUAUCUCUGGUACAAAUUAUACACAAAGCUCAACUAUAUCCAACAACCUUUUGGUGUUAAAUGUUUAGCAGAUAUUCAAGAAGGAUGGUACAUAAGCACAGCCUUUCUACAAAAACUUGGACCUAAUUUUUCAGUCUGUUGAGGUUUGGAAAACAUAAUUUGAGCCAAUUAACAGUUUCUUUUCUAGGCUUUGUAUAGUCAGAAGAUACUGAAGUAGAACCCAAAAUUAAUACUUUUAUCAUCAAAAUUAUCUGAGCCAGUCUAAUAGCAGGUUGUAACAUGUUAAAACUUUAGAUGGAAAACUUACUAUCUCAACAAAAUUUUGACCCUGUGACCAGAGAGUGGCUACUCAUUCCUGUAAUCUACCAAGUUUACAAUUUAUUUGCCAUAAACGUUUGCCUUAGAAAUAAUGCAGCAGUUAUUUUCAAGUACAGAUUAACAAACACUCUUUUUUGUGAGGUGGUAUGAACAUCCUGAAUUAAAAUUUGCAUGUGCUGUGCAAAAUCAACUGUAGCAUCAAAGUUAAAAUGUUCAUUUCUUGCAUUCCUCAUAUAAAGUUCAUAAAAAGGCUAUACCAAACUCAAUUUAAUAUAAUAAUGAAUAA